CGUUUUCAACUUUUGAUGAUUACUGCUGAGAGCUACACAUUUGUGACUUCUGGUACUUCCCUUUCAAAUUUGCAGAAGAACGGUAAGGCUACAGUAUCAUCAGAGGUACAGCAACACUGGGAAAAGCUGUUUCUAAAAUUGGAACGUUUACUUCAGUUGAAAGAUGCAGAGGUUACUUCAGAGGAUAAAGAAGGUUUGUGUAUGUUGGAAGAUUCGUAUAAAUCUAUUGUUUUUGCUCUUGAUGAACUACUAGAUGAAUUAAAGUCGGGAGAAAUUUUAUAUGAUCCUAGACGAAUGUUGCAUUGCCUUUUGAAUGGUCCUCUUCAAUUCAAAAACAAUUGGCAGAUGAUCCAGAACGGUCUAUACGCUUUUCCUUAUGUCUUUACAUUUCUUCAAGAGAGUCUUGAAGCGUUUUUGUCUACGGACGUUGAUUUUGUUUACUCCAAAAUUAUAAAAUUUUUAAAAGACGAAAAACGGGAACUGAGAGAGGCUGCAGCGUGGGCUUUCGGUUCAGUGGCUGAACUCAUCGGAAACAAAAUAUUUACUUUUUUUUCGAAGGAACUUCUCACCACGAAACAAUCCAAAGACACGAGAGAAUUAGAAGGAUUUCAAGUUGCUGUUGGUUUUACUGUUAGAAGCUGCAAAGACAUCAGCUACGAAAAUUUUGCUUUUUGUUUGGACUAUCUCCUUCCUUUUAUGUUUCUUGAUCUCUCUGAUACGCACCGGAAUGCAGUUCGUGUGCAGAGUAUAAAAGCGGUUGAACGCUGCAUUUCAGAAAUUCACGGGCAGCUUUUGGUACUUAAAAACACCGAUGAAAAUCUUACUUGGCAUGCAAGACUUGCUGAAAGCGCCCGAAAAUUGUUAAGUGACGAGGAAAUUACCGUCAGAAGAGCAGCCGCUUCGUUGCUAAACUGCUUGCUUUCGGUUCCAAACACUGAAACCGGCAUCGCGGAUCACGUGGAGAUGCUUCUUGAUGACCUUUCUCAGGCAACCACGUGGGUCCACCGCCACGGCAUCAAUAUGACUAUGCACCUUUUAUGUCUGGACACCGUUAAGGUUUUGCGGUUAGAAGGCCUGCUGGAUCGUCUCCUCGAGAGCAUGCAAGUUCAGAAUAGGCACACGCAUCCCGGAGUGCCUCGAAGGACGGCCGUGACUAUUUGCGGGCCUGCUAAUGCCGAAGCCGGAUCUGCCAUAGUCGCGCUUUAUAAAUCGCUCUGGCAGCUUGGGCACCCCAGGGCGCAUACCCUUUAUCAGAGCGUGGUCCAUGCGGAGCUUCUGGCUCUUUUGGAGUCACCCAUCCCACAUUGUCAGGACGCGGGAGGAGCGUGCUUUAACUUCCUGCUAAACAUGGAUUGUCUGUCGGAGCAGCAGAAGCUCGAGCUGCUCGUCCACUCUUACCAGAACAAUUACGGUCACGGCGCCGUGGCCCAAUCAAAUUCCAGAAACUGGGACUUUGUGUUAGAAGAGAAAAAGAAAGCCGGUGUCUCCCCUGACGAGUUUGUUGCUUCUGUUGCGCCACUGCUGCUCUCCUGGAUAUCGCAGGACGGCCACUUGAACUCCGAACUUAUCGAUGUGCGCGAAAGUUACUUCAGAGCACUCGCUGAGCUAUUUCGUUCCGUGGAGCAAAGCCUUUUCGUGUCCCUACCCACUCCCGGCUAUGUACUAGAAAGCAUCAUUGCGGGCUGCAAGAACACAGACGAAGACGGCAGCGAGUAUGCGCGAGUGGAAGCGUGGAAGGCCUUGCAUGCUUUUUUUAUCCUCUGUGCACGUGGCACCUGUUCAGAGGAAGUUAUUAUUGCACUUGCCGACAAUUUCGUCGAGCUUGCAGCAGAAGGCCUGUGCGACGAGGAGAAUGCAGUUGUUGGGAGCGUCUUGAAGGCAAUUUGCAGCUUGAAAAUUUCAGGACUCGAUAGAGACAUUCCGCUGUUACCUCUACUGGGGCCCAUCCUAUUGCUGACCUACACGCGUGGAGAAAACAAAUUCGAUGCUAUUUUAACUACAUCUUGCGUGUUUGGCAACCAUAAAAGUCUCAUUGCAACCUAUCCGCACUACGUUAGCAUUUUAUUUGAGGGGCUAAAAGAUAGGUUUAACCUCGGCAUGGACGGCGACUCCGACAUCGAGCCCGAAAUAAUCGAGGCCGUCGCCAAGCUGCUGUGCGACCUCUCACAAAUAAAGUUUACGAGUAGCGAAGGCCGUCACGUUCUACUUGUGAAUUGCUUGCGAGUUUUGUUAGGAAACUAUCAGCAGCUGGGCGUUCGUACGCACUGCCUGAGUGCCCUUUGCAAUCUUCUGUGCAUUGAGGUGCACCCUCCUUUGACCGCUUAUAUUUUACGCUGCCUUCUUUGCGUCAUUUUGGGCAGCAUGGACUCUCUCCCCACCGACUUUUUAGACAACCCAAACGUCAUUGAUUAUAAACAUCUGGAUCAGCAGCUUUUAUCGAAAAAUUCUAUAGAAGAACUUAACGAGCCCUUUUAUGCACCGCAGCUGCUUUUGUGUGCCGAGUCUCUUCGGCGGAUUUCUCUUUGGCUAAAUACUAGCGAGCAUAGCCUAGGCUCGUCGGUUUUGUCGAGCAUUUUUAGGGAGUUGCGAGGAGUAACUAAUGGUGCCUUUGCAGUGUGGGCCGUCUCACGGAAACUGGCAGACUUCUUUGGUACUGCUAUUGAGGAUGAUUUUUUAGUCGAUUUGCUGGAAGAGUGGGGUCUUGCCAACCACUACUAUUCGCCCCUCAGCGACUCGUUUUCGCAAGUAUUGAAGACUGCCAUGAAAGAAACUGAAAUGCCUGACAAAGGCGAUGUUCAAUCCCAAGUAACUGAACGCCUUAGAAUUUAUUUUGUAGCAGAAACCCUCCGCCGUACUCUCGCGGCUGGAUACCGUCCUACCCCUGAAAAUAUUUACCUGGAUAUUCCUAAGCUCGUGCACUUAGAAGAAGUUGAUGCAGAAAAUGAAAGCAACUCUUUUUUUUUACUUGAAAAGGAACUCGAGGCUCUGCCUUGCCAUCAACUUGACAUAUUUUCGAUUGAAGCUCCUCUCAAUGCUUUAGAAAAACUGACGCACGCUUGUAUGGAGAAGUUUGAAGAAAGUGAUGUGAAACAACUGAGCGAUAGUAUCCUUGUUCAUCUUGGAUUGAUCAAGUCCGAAGAAAGAAUCCGGAUUGCCGACAAGACGAUUUGCGGAUUGGCUAAGGUGGCCACGUGGGUUGUCCGCCAUCCACUUUUUAGCACUCUAAGCAUGAAGGCUACCGUAGCGUUACUAAUCAAACUUGUACGAAGUACUGGAACGUACCGCAAACGCGCGAGAAUGACCUCUUAUAUCUGCUUACUGCGCUUGCUUGACACGUGCUUCCAGUGUAUAAAUGAAGGCAUUUCGCCUUCUUUAAGAAGAAGUUGGUACGAGGAUCUUAUUAUCAUUGGAGCGAAACAGUGGCAUAGGAAGCUACGUAAUGGUGCCACUAUACAGCUAACGGCGGCUAUUGUACGCCUUGUGACGAAAACUCCCGCCUUACACGACCAAGUGGCGACCGUAUGCCAGCUUAUAGUUGAUUCAGCAGCCAAUGACGACCUGCAAGAACUUCGUGACCCUUUAUUUGAGGUCACGCAGGCGCUUGCAUCGUGCGCACCCACACUUUUGAAGUAUCCAGAGCCCACGCCUCUUCUUUCUGUGAAGGAUAACUGUACUUUCGUUCAGAAUCAAGAGCAUGCAGAAUAAAUAAUCUUUUGCUUUUA